UUAAACUUAUAUAGGUAAGUGUAUUGUUUUCCAGAUUGUUUUUGGGUUAGCUGUAGCUGAGGAAGAAUACAAGUUCGAACACCGUGAUUUACAUAUUGGUAACAUUUUAAUAAAAAAAUGUUCAAACAAGAAAAUAGCAUAUGAAUUGGAGGGUCAACAUUUCAAUGUACCAUCACGGGGAAUUAAGAUAACAAUAAUUGAUUACACCUUAAGUAGAAUGACAUAUAAUUCCAAUCAUAUAUAUAAUGACCUCUCUAAAGAUACAGAAUUAUUUACUUCAGUUGGUGACUAUCAAUUUGAUAUUUAUCGUAUGAUGAGAAAAGAAACUAAUGAUCAAUGGGAAUUGUUCAAACCAGCCACAAAUAUAUACUGGCUACAUUAUGUAUUGGAUAAAAUGCUUAUGUCAGUGCAUUAUAAAAAAACUAACACAAUUCUACAUAGUAAUGGCCUUUCAAAUCUGGAACGGUUGAAAAAUGUAAUAUUAUCCUUUAAUAGUGCAAAAGGUUUUGCCGAAAGUGAAUUAAUAUUGGAUUUAAUAGGAUACAAGAAGCCAUGAACAAAAUCAAUUGACUUGUUAUUUAAUAUUUAUACAUGUUAUUAUUCAAAUCAUUUAUUUAAUGUUUGACAGGUAAAGCUUAUCUGUUUGAGCUAUCAUGAAAUUUUAUUAUAAUAAUUUAUUUGUGUUAAUGAUCAUAUUAUCUGCUAACUUACUCUACUGUCUGAUUCAUUAUUGGUUGUUUUAUUUUUUAAUUAAUUGUGUAUGAUCUCAUUAUAUUUUUAACUAGAUUCCACUAAAGUAAAUAAAGAUUUUUUAUA